AUGUAGUCUCGGUCACAAGAGUUUGGGACUGACACACUACUGAUUUAAGACAGAAUACUAAACAGUAAUUCUUAAAAACUUUUCAUUACAAUCGCCUCAGAAACACAACGUAGUCGCUUUCUAUUUGGCAAAGUUAUUAUAAAUAAUCCAGAAUACUCUGCGCUGUACAUGUAUAUCACAUUACCAUUUACUUCCCAUCUCUGCAUAAUCCUGUGUGCCAUUUAAAAUGUUUACAAUAUCAAAAACAUUAACCUCAAGAUAAAACUAUUAUUAAAGCCAACAUAAAAAUUAUCCAACGGGACUAUAACUUCCAGUGGCUGUUGCAUAUUCCAAAUGAACAAAUUCCAACAGCCGCUAUGCUGUAACUAACAUGCAGCCAGACUUGCCAAACACCUACUUGGCCAGGUAUAGCAACAUCUGAGUGGCAAUACGCGCAAUCGAAAUUACGCAUGCGUACAGGUGGAUGAUAAUUUUGAAAUUAAUUAAAUUAAUGAAGAUUGUUUAGCGAUUAUAUAAAAUACCUUAAAAAAUUCAGGAGAUCACUAUUUUCUUUUACUUUCAUUUUUAUUUUUGCAUUUCUGAGUCGUCCUGCGUACCAGAUAUGACCCAUAGCACCCUCAGGGGAAGGCGUACCCCCGGUUGAAACCCUCGUGUUAAAUCAACAUUAGCUGCACUUGGUUUGCUGGCAUAUAGGAAAAAGGAAUACAAGCUCAGUGCGUCACAUUUUAUUGGUCAACAGAACGUGCAUGGUUAAAUGUUCACUCGCCCAGAGGGAGAAAUCUGCACAGCAACAAGCGCCAUCACUGCGUUGCAAGCAGCUGAUUCAUCACACAAUGACGAAGAGCACUCCAAGAGACAGGAAGUGGGAACAGCAAUGACUAUGGAACUCCUAGAAGAAGACCUUACUUGUCCUGUUUGCUGCUGUUUAUUUGAGGACCCACGGGUACUACCUUGUUCCCACAGUUUUUGCAAGAAAUGUCUGGAAGGUAUUCUUGAAGGAAGCAGCAACAGGAGCUGGAGACCACCGUUUAAAUGCCCCACCUGUCGUAAGGAAACAACGACUACAGGAAUAAACAGCUUACAGAUCAAUUAUUCAUUGAGUGGCAUUGUGGAAAAGUACAACAAGAUCAAACUCGCACCAAAAAUGCCCAGUUGUAGAACACACAGCGGACAGCCACUGAAUAUCUUCUGUUCCUCGGAUCUGAAACUAAUUUGUGGGUUUUGCGCUACAAUGGGGGAUCACAAGGGACAUAUGUUUUGUGCGAUGGAAAACGCAUAUCAGCAAGAGAAGGCGGCUUUCGAGGAACUUUUUCUGGGAUUUGAGAACUGGCGCAACGCGGAUGUGCGGUCAUGCUUGGAUACAUUGGAGAACAGCAAGAGAAAGGCAUUGCAGCUGGUAUCUAAGGAUGGGGAAAGGGUAACAGAAUACUUGGAUAAAUUAAUCCACACGCUGGAACAAAAGAAGAACGAAAUACUAUCCGAUUUUGAAACCUUGAAGCUAGUGGUACUGCAGACCUACGAUCCCGAAAUAAACAAACUGAGCGUGGUCCUUGAAGAACAGAAAAGGGCGUUGAGCAUCGCCGAGACUUUAAAGGACGUGUCUGAUCCGCUCCUGUUUCUGCAGCAGAUGCAAGAAUUUCGGGAGAAAUUGAGAAUCAUUCGGGAGACUCCCCUGCCUUCUCGCCCAUGUAUGGAUGUCAAUCCCAUAGUGCAAAACUUUGAUACAAAGAAGUGGGACUCUGUAAAACUAAAGGAUGUCGAUAAGAUUGUUACCCCCCACGAAAAAUGCACAUCUCCCUUUUUAAAACCAAAGACCUCACGAGCUCUCCUGGUUACAGCUUCCAUGUGCCUCUUAGCAUUAGCAUUGUAUAUUCAGGAUUCACUAAGUCUCUCAUUUCUAUUAAACCAAAUGUCAACGGUUGGUAGUUCAUGUUUACCUGCUUCAUUGGAAUCCUCAGACUAUGCUGUGACAUGCUGGGGCGAGGUUGUAAACCUGUGUUUGUUUCUCUGUGACAUCUGUCAGAAACAUACACUACUUCUGCUUAAUUAUACUGCAGAAUUUGUUUGCAGUUACAAGUUAUUAUAGAUAGGAAUGUUCGUUUCUACACACGCACUGUUACAGUUUAUACAUUAAUAUUAAAAUGACAAUUAAGAAUACCUUUUAAUAAAAUACCAGAUACGAUUUGUUAUCAUAGAUAAAUGUAUACUGGGUUUGUUUAGCGUGAUAAUAUAAUGUAAGUUGGUUUCCUUCUGCAGUAGUAUUUGAUUUUUUUUUUUUUUUUUUUUAACAUGAUGGGAUGUUAACACAUGUCUAUUCAAAUCAAAUUAAAAUAAUGUAUCUAUUUCAGGAACCUGUAUAAUUAUAGGGUGAAAAACGUGUUUUAAUUAAUUUCAUUCAGGUUUGCCUCGUGUCUAAGCACUAGGAGUUUAUUUACCUUCAUUUAAUAUUGAUAGUCGAGGCCCUUGUACAUUUAUCAGCCUUUUUUCCUUUUUUCACCUAAGCUAAAUUAUUGCGAAUCAAUAUACACAACUUGUUUUAUUUCAAGUGUUUUUGCUUCCUUCAUUUCCAUUCAGCACAGCAUUGAUGUAUGCAAAAAGGAUUCUCGCAUUUGUAAUAGGUUAAUCGGCGAUUGGUUUAAAGAGAAUAUUAUGUUUUGUUGUUGAUAUUAAAUCCAUAUAUGAAGUAAUGACCAGUCUGUAGUUUUUUGCAGUAUUUCUUAAGAAUGUUGAUAGUUCUGUUUAUUUACAUUACUCAAAUAUGGCGUCCUUUCUAUUAACACAAACACCUAGCAGUGUUUAUUUACAUUUUACUGGUGAAACGUGUGGAUCUUUUAACAUUUAGCAAAAUACCAUAUUGCAAGUGUUUUUCUUCAGAAUCAUUCAAUCUAGCAACUCGGACACAUUCCUCACUAAAGGC